AGAAUUCCAGGGUUUGGCAGCGAGAGGGUAGAGAAAACCAUGGCGGAGGAGAAAGUGGUUCCCUCUUCUCAUGAUGUAUCUCCGGGUGUUCCUCCUCCUCUUCCUCCUCUCCCUGCUUCUGAUCUCGAUACUAAGGCCGUUAUUCUCGUCUCUCCCCUCGCCGCCCUUCCCCCGCCUUCGUCCUCCGCCGAUGUCCACCCUCCUACAUCUUCUCCCGCUGUGGGUUCCUUAUCCGGUCGGAAGCGCCGCCGCCGCAAGAAGCAGUUCCCGGAGAUGGUCCCCACCGCACGGCUCCGCACCCUCCGUCCCCCCUCCACUCGCUCCUCAUCCGUGAUCUACAGCGAGAAGCUCAUCGACGAGAUGAUUCAGAUGCAGAUCAACGACUCCGGCCCCGUCCGGCGAGGCCGCGGCCGCCCACCGUCGUCCUCCCUCCGCCUUGCGCGCGAGCUCGACGUCGAGGCGCUGACUGCCAGUGCGGUCGGUUUCCCUGUCGAUUCCCUCACCGAAGAGGAGAUCGAGGCAAAUGUGGUUCCUGUUCUUGGCGGGGCUUCGCAGGCUAACUACAUCGUCGUCCGCAACCACAUCAUCGCCAGGUGGCGAUCGAAUCCCUCGAUGUGGAUCACGGAGGCUCACUCCAUGGAGGCGAUUCGAUCAGAGCACCGAGUGCUCGUCUCUGCCGCCUACAGUUUCUUGUUAGAACAUGGCUUCAUCAACUUCGGCCUGGCCCCCUCUAUCAUCGCUGCUCCUCCGAAGCGCCUGCCAACCCUUCCCGCACCCUCCGUCCUGAUAGUUGGCGCUGGCCUCGCUGGCUUGGGAGCCGCUCGCCACCUGCUUUCAUUCGGCUUCAAGGUCGCUAUCUUUGAGGGCCGCCGUCGCCCGGGGGGACGUGUCUACACCAAAAAGAUGGAAUCUUCCUCCACCACGCCGGCUGUCGUUGCAGCUGCUGAUCUCGGUGGCAGCGUGCUCACUGGCAUCAACGGCAAUCCUUUCGGUGUUCUUGCUCGUCAGCUUGGCUUCCCUCUCCACAAGAUUCGCGACUUGUGUCCUCUGUACCUCCCUGAUGGCCGACCAGUGGACACUGACAUCGACAAGAGCCUUGAAAAAGCAUUCAACCAGCUUCUUGAAAAGGUGUGCAAGUUCCGGCAUGCCAUUAUUGAUGAGCUCAAGUGCAUGGAUGCCUCCCUUGGGACUGCCCUAGAGUCCUUUCGCAAAGCUUAUGGUAUUGCUGAUUCUUUGGAGGAAAGGAUGUUACUUGAUUGGCACCUUGCCAACCUCGAGUAUGCCAAUGCCGCCCCACUCUCAGACCUCUCCAUGGACCACUGGGACCAAGAUGACCCCUAUGAGAUGGGCGGUGAUCACUGUUUCAUUCCUGGUGGCAAUGGGCGCUUCAUUCGAGCUCUUGCAGAGGGCAUUCCUAUCUUCUAUGGAAGGACAGUCAACCGAAUCCAGUAUGGAUGUGAUGGGGUGAUGGUGUAUGCUGGUGGGCAAAUUUUUCGUGGUGACAUGGCAUUAUGUACUGUUCCCUUGGGGGUUCUCAAGAAGGAAUGCAUUGAGUUUGUGCCUGAACUACCACGAGAGAAGCAAGAUGCUAUCAAAAGACUGGGUUUUGGAUUACUUAAUAAGGUUUUAAUGUUGUUUCCCCAUGUUUUUUGGGAUGGUGAGCUUGAUACUUUUGGGCACUUAACAGAGGAUUCAAGUAAUCGUGGUGAAUUCUUUCUGUUCUAUAGUUAUUCCUCAGUUGCAGGAGGACCACUUCUCGUUGCCCUUGUUGCAGGGGAGGCUGCUACUAAAUUUGAGAGAACAUCUGCGCAGGAAAAUGUUGAGAGGGUAUUGGAAGUUAUUAGGGAAAUUUUUUUGCCCAAGGGGAUCAAGGUCCCAAAGCCUCUUCAGGUGAUAUGCACUAGAUGGGGUUCGGAUAAGUUUACUUAUGGAUCAUAUUCUUAUGUUGCUAUUGGAUCUUCUGGGGAUGAUUAUGACAUUUUGGCCGAGAGUGUGGGCAAUGGAAGGGUAUUCUUUGCUGGUGAGGCAACCAAUAGGAGGUAUCCCGCUACCAUGCAUGGAGCUUUGCUUAGUGGUUUCAGGGAAGCAGCUAAUAUAGCUAGGGCUGCUAGGAAGCGGUCAAUAUUUCCAGUCAUGAAUGUAGUGGAUGUGAAAGAAGAUAUGUCAAAUUUGGACAAUUUCUUUCAAACACCGGACCUCUCUUUUGUUGUUAUCAUCAUCUUUGGCUUACCAAGGGGAAUCACAACUUACGCCAGCUACUAGUGUCUCUCUUAUAGAUAGCAAUGAAGAAGCCAGAAAUGUUACCAUUGUCUUUUGCUUACCAUGGGGAGUUGCAAGUGAUGCCAGCUACUACUCUAUAUGUAACUCUUAGGAAGGAUGCUAGAAAUUGCAACUUGAUGGCAUGUAUCAUCUUUCUUCUUUCAAUAGACAUUAAAAUCGGCAAAAGAUGAUUACGCUCACCUCAAGCACCCCUCAGAGACGCGUCCCAGGCUAUGUGAAGGGAGGCAAAUCACAUAGUCUACUUAUAGACGACCGCCAAGUGGCUAGGGGGUGAGAGAAAUUUUUUCCCAAGGACAUGCACUCGAUGGGAAUUGAUCCUUGCCCCAUUGUAGCAAAUCUGUCCCAUUAUAGCCGAUCGUCAAGUAACUAGGGGGUUACUAUCCUUCUUUCUCUGUACGCAUAGUGCCUUUAUCACUAUUGUUGAUUGCUCUAAUUGCUAUCAAAAUGUCUUCAAGUAUGUGUGCCCUUGUAGGUUUGUGCAACAUUAAACUCAUCAUUGCUUGUCCUUGUUCUUCAUCUAUGCUUGGCGAUUAUGUAUUAUAUUUGUAAUUUUCUCUUUAACAUUACUAUCGUUCCCUUGCCAUUAGUGGUCACCAGAGAAAUAAUUUUGACAUGACAACCAUGAGGGUCGCAUGAAAGUUUCCUCACUUCCUAAGUGAGAAUCAACUAUGCCUUAAAAGAACUACAUACAAGUAUAUAUUUUCCCAUGACUAGAAACUUGUGAAGUUACAGAAAAAAGUCAUAAAGAAAAUUUACUUUCAGAAUCAACUAUAAGUUCUUACCCUACUAGUAACAAAAAAUAGGAGACAAGCACAAAGAGAAAUUGCCAAAACUUGAAAUUCUCAACCCACCAAAACCUAAAAACCACAUAGGGUUGGAGCAGCUAUAGGAUGAUCAGUAUGAAAAACUAAAUUUCAUAGAAAUCUACAUCAUGGAGAUGAUAGUUUAAGAUUUCAUAGAAAUCAAAGAGAAAGAACAUGCAUCAUUAAGGUGAUAGUUUAGGAUUUUUCAUAGAAUUAAGAGAGAGCAUAUUUAUCAUGAAGAUGAUAGUUGAAGUUAGAAUUUUAUAUAUAUGCUUUUUAAAGUGCCUAGAUUAACAUCUAACUAGAUUGUAACCUGUGUGAUGCACUCUAGGUGGUGUGUCAAUGGAUUGGACAAACAUAUUUUACUCAAGUAGACGAAAUGUAUGUUUGAACAUUAUAAAUGUCAUUCAUCGCUUUUGCAUUAUCUUAGAUCAUAAUUUACAUCCUACAGAGACAUAUACACUGCUACUCCAGCUUCAAUGAUAUCAGCCAGUCAAUCAUAGACAUGGUGCCAGGGACACCAAUUCAUCUGUGAUGCACAUGAUGGCUAUAUUAUCUUUGUUCCAAACCAGAUGCUUUCCUUUUCCUCGUAAAUCAGGAGUGGUUUAUCAAAACUAUAGAUGGUUUUCUUCUCUAAUCGCAUUGAUGUAUGAGAUCUUUAGCUUGUCAAGUUCUUUCAUAGGUUACUUCAAGUUUUUUCUCGCACUGGUGCGAUUUUCAUGUAUGGGGCUGCUCUUAUUAUCAUUUAUACUAGUGAAAUUAAUGGCUAAUUAUUUACAA